ACCAGCACAUGGCUUUCACAUGGGUGAAGAGGAACAUUGCAGCCUUCGGGGGGGACCCAGACAACUACACCAUCUUUGGGCAAUCAGCUGGAGGUGUCAGCGUCUCUCUGCAGGUCCUCUCUCCCUACAACAAGGGCCUCAUCCGGCGAGCCAUCAGCCAGAGCGGCUCGGCAGUGGCCUCCUGGGCCAUCCAGAGGAACCCUCUCCGCUGGGCUAAGCAGAUCGCCAAGAAUGUGGGCUGCCCACUGGACGAUACCGCCAGGAUGGCCAAGUGUCUGAAGGCCACCGAACCCCGGGCCCUGACACUGGCCCAUAAGGACAACCCAUUCGGCAAGGCAUGUGAGUGGGGGCUACACAUGGGGAGCCGGCCAUGCUUCCCAAGAAGUGAGGAAGUGCCGGGUCUGCGGCCUGGUUCAUCACCGGCUCACUGGCACCUGUAGGCAGC